AUAAGGACUUCAAGAAAUGUCGAAAAAGUCUAAAUCCUUGGAUUUUUCUAACACAACAUAGCUGCAAGUAACUUCGACCUAUGCGUAUAGAAUUUUACUUCACUGAAAUAUCGAAGUUAACUUUUAAAGACUUAUUGCAAAGAAAGAUGACAAAAACCACAUCUCACCACAUCAGUAUACCUACCGAUUAACAACAUGAUGCAAAAGUUCAAGUUAUAUGUAUGCAGCUCACAUGACACAACUUGACAAGUUAUCCUGUUUUUAGUAUAUUAAAAUGAACAAGAGGGUAACCUGCAAGAAUUGACAGAAAAAAAUUAAAUGUUGGCAAGUAACUUUAUUAGAGAUAUCUCAAUCUGAAAUGGAUUUCCAACUUCUUCUAUCAAAGAUCAGUGACAAAUUGCUGAAAGAGGAUGUAGUACAGCUCAAAUUUUAUUUGGACGAAAAAAUACCAAGUCAAGAUUUAAAAACAGCAGAGGAUGGCAAGGAUCUUUUUGGUGUGAUGAAGAAAUAUGGUGUCUUGUCUCCAAUUAAAACAGAUCUAUUGAUUGAAAUGCUUACAGCAAUGCACUUGCAACCAUGUGUAGAUUUGAUAGAAAACUUUAAGGAAAAAAAUAAAGAGGCAUUAUCAACAGCUAAAGAUGGGCCAUGUAAUAUAAAGGAAGAUAUGGUAGUUGAACAUUUCAUGGAAACAAGUAAGCUGAUAGAAUUAGAGGAAAAAAUGGCAACCACAAAAUUCAUCACAUUGUCAGGUUUACUUGGUUCUGGCAAGUCACAGUUGGCUUUAAAACAUGCUUGUAAGAAAAGACAAUCUUGCAAAAGUGGAAUUUGUUGGAGGAUAUCCUGCCAAGAUAUGGUAAUUCUUCUUAACUCGCUGAAAAAAAUGGCAGAUGGCCUUGGCCUGAAGAAGGAAAGCAAACAAAAUGAAAGCAUUUCAAAUGAGGAGUCAUUAGACCUUAUAAAUGAAUUAAUCAUAAGGGAAUUACAAGAGAAAGAUCCAUCCAUAGAGCAUUUGAUUAUAUUUGAUGACGUUACAGAUAAAACAAAACAUGCAGUUGAAAAGUUUAAAAAUUCCUUUUUGAAAUUCAAUGUUAAAGUAAUCGCAACAACAUGGAAUCAAGCUUUCUUUGAUGAAACCAACCAUAUUGCAGUAAAUGGUUUCACUGAAGAUGAGGCAAUUGAAUUCCUGAAAAGAAAAGAUGAUUUAACAUCAGAAGAAGUUGAAGAUUAUAAAGAAUUAGCAAAAUACCUAAGUUGUCUGCCUUUGGCAAUGUAUGGGGUGAAAACAAGAAUGAUUUCCCAUAGGCUAACACCAAAAGGCUUUUUGAAAACAUUUAGAGGUAGAAAGUCUAUAAUUUUAAUAGACAGAAUAUUGACAUCUUCUUCAGCAAACAGAAAACUUUAUGAAGUGUUAAUAGAGUUUUUGAAUAUUCUCAAGAAAGAUGAAGUUGAAGAAGUUUUUGAUAUGGUACUUAUUCUACAGUUUUUGUCGUUAGAGGAUAUUCCGAUUCUAUUUUUCCAGUUCUUACCAGCAAAAGAGGGGAGUGAAGAUCAAGCAUUAAAUCCAGAGAGCUUCAUAGAAGCAAUUCAAAAAUUCUCCUUUGGCUAUUUAAGAGGUGAGGACGAUGAUAGAUAUAUUUGCACUCAUCUGGCAGUUACAAGGACAAUUGAUUGGUAUACUUCAGAAGAAGAUAAGGUUCGUCUUCUUAAAAAUGUUCUCAAGGCGUUAAUGUGGCUCUUAGAUAAGGACAAUAUCAAUGAGAAAGAUUACAAAAGAAAUCAUGAUCUCCUACCCCAUGCCAUUUUAGUUAUUCGCCAUUAUGAAACAUUGAAAAAUGAAAUCCCAGAGCUUUCUAAAGACUUUGAAUUAAAUAUUCUUGUAGCUUAUGUGUAUGACUUGGUUGGAUACACAUACAACUUUUUUGGUAUGCUGAAAAAUGCUGGUGAGCAUUCUACUGCUGCCAAACAAUCCUGUUUCGCUAUAACAGGGAUGGACGAAGACCAAAUAGAAGAACUUGUUUCCAAAACAUGUGUUAGGGAUGAAAAUUAUGAAACAUGGGAGAAGUUUGCUAAACGUGAGGCUGAAAUAGUAUUUGAAAAACUGAAAAAUGUUAUUUCUGUCCCAGCUAACAUGGAACUGUUAAAGAAAAUGGCUUUAGAUUAUAAUCUUAAUACAUACAGAAGUCAGGAACAUAUUGAACUUCUUCAAGGUUUCCUUGGACACAACUUGGCAAAUGAAUGUACACUCACAAAAGGUGAAUAUGAUCAUCUUUGUAAAAAUCAUCUUGCAAUACCUGCAGACAAUCACCUAGGAGAGCUGUUUUUGUAUGAACUUUUUAUCCAAGUCUUUUACACAUUUGGAAGACGAGUAUUUUAUCUUGGAGAUCAUGUUGAUUAUAAAACAGCAAGGGAUUUUGCUCAUGCAUUGUUUUUAGCUAAAGAAUUUGGGGUUAAAGUAGCUGAAGAAUGCAAACAAUUGGAUCUUCCUGAUAUUUUAUAUGUCAUGUUGACAGAGCUGAGUGGGACAUUGGAACAGAUUUUUGAUGACAGAGCAAACCUUGGUCUUAAAACUGUGCAACAUCUGGACAAUGCUGCUUCAAGAUUCAAAGACUUGCAAGAAUCCACUGCAUCAUAUUUUAGUUUUGGGGUUAUUAAAUCUGGUCAUGAGAGUUUACAGCACAGAAAGAUUUGUCUGAAAAGACUUGUGAGAUGUUACACAGCAAUGGCACAUUUAAUUUCCGAUGAAAAUGAAGAGAAGAAGAAAGAAAUCAGUGAAAGAUUACAUCAGUGUAAUGUUCAACUUGAAAAAUUGUCCUCUGAAUAUAGUCAUAGGCAAACUGGCGUUGACCUUAGAAUGGGAGAAUGUUUCCUUGCUCUCAAGAAAUUUGAAGAGGCAAAGGAAAAGUUCCUAAAAGUUGCCCCAGAAGGUAUCCUUCAAGCUACAUUUGAUGUUAAAAAAUCACCAUUAAACUUUCAUGAACUUCUUGCUGUGAAAGGACUCAUUAAUGUAUUUAAAGGGAGUGGCCAAAAAGAAAAAGCACAGGAAUUAGCUAGAAGAUUGGAAGCUAUACUUGAAAAUUCAAAUGAAAUAGAGGAACUUUCUCAUUUUCGCUUGAAAGAAAUGAAUACGCUGUUGGGUACAACAAAUUGAAAAAUAUCUUUUUCUGUAUAUUGGUUGUGGUUGUAUCAUACUUUUAUGUGAAUUCAAUACAGAAUUGUGAAUUCAGAAAUUAUUGCAAGGUUUUUGUUGAGCAGGCAACAUUAACUUAUGUCGCGAAAUUAAGCAAGACAUACAUUGUAGCAAUCCUAGAUUAAAUCAAAGUUUUAUGGGUAUUACAGUCAUUUAAGAAACUAAUGUUUUUGAGUCUUUGAAGAAAGAUGUUAAAAUAAUAUUCCUACUGUAAAUGGCAUUCUGUAUGAUUAUGAAUUAAACCAACAUUGAAAAUCACUUUGAUUCUUUGCGUUUUGAUGAAUUAGUGUUACCCUGUUUAUUUCAUUGACUUGAUUUGUUUUCCUGUUUUAGGAUUUUCUCUACUUUGUUUCAAAAUGACAUGCUUUUUUGUAGAUUGUUGUAAAUUGAUAGUAUAAAAAUAAAGGAACUAAAGAAGCAGAAAAAAAUGAAGAGUAUGUGUGCUUGUUUUUGAGAUAUAAGCCAUUGAAAAGUUGGCGGGAAAUGAGUCUUUUUAGGUUUUUCAUACAAUCAACAUAAGCACCUUUUUUCCAAAAACUUUGAAAAAUAACAAGGACUUUAUUACAUUUGUUAACUAUAUGUUAUAUAAAUAAAGUACAUGUAGCUAGAUACUAUAAAGCUAUAAAUAUCUCUUGAGGAUGUUUGCUCCUCUUUUAUUUAAUUUUUGCCAGUUUUGUGGAAUACUAUGGUUUUAUCUAUGUAGUGCCAUUCACAAAUUGUAUUAUGUUAUGUACUGCUGUAAAUAUGUUAUUGUUUUGUAGAUCUGAUAGUUUUGUUAUGCAUAUGAAAUAUGAAAGGCCUUUUAUGAGGGUUGCAAAUAACCUAUAUAGAAGAACAAGACUUAUUUCUCUCGAUUUUUCUAUCAUUUGAUUAUAUAUAAUUGAAUAUCUGGUAUGAAUUGAUCUUUUGAAUUAUUAUAAAACCAUAUUUUCUAUGCCAUAAAUAAGGUUAAAUUAAUGAUUAAAUAUUUCUACGUAAUAAAUUUUAAGGGAAUUCACAUAACAGAUAAUGAGAAUUGUUUCUUAGAAUUUAUAUUUGGCAGCUUCUUCACAUUAAGGAUGAUUGCUCCUUUCCAGAAUCAUGGGACUAUAAUUGUCAGAUUUAAGUAAUUUGUUCACAUAAUUAUAUUGUACCUUAACUUGAGUUUGUUUUGAUUGAUAUAGUAGGAAUUAGUGAACAUAUCAUUAAAUGCCGAACAAAUAUUGCAAAUUAUUCUUGACAAUAAGGAUGAAUCAUGGGAUCUUUGCUUAGCUGUUUAUUGUUUAUAGUAUAGAAGCAUGUGACUGGAAUCAUGUAGCCAAAACGUGUAUACUUGCCAGUUCAGUUAGUGUUGAAUUAAAAAUCAUUUGUUAUUACUCAAAUACUUGUCUGUCAAGACUUCACCUUUCAAAGUUUCAACUUUUACCCUUUUUCAUAUUCAGUACUGAUUUAUCUUAUAUCUAAUUUUAUUUCUUUUAAUUCCAUAUCAUGUUUUGAUGUUUCAUCAUCAAAAAUCUAUGGUAAUUCUUUUAUUUUCUGGGGUACAAAUUCAGGGUUUUAAGCUACAAAAUGUACUGAAUAUCACACAUGUAGAAUUCUUAUCUUUUGUAUUGUUUGAACAACAAUAUGCAGCACUGUAGUUGUAAGUUUUAUAAGCACAAGUCAGUUAAGGAUCACACAUUUUUUUCAGGAAAUUUAUUUCUGUUAUGAUUGUGCCGUUAUCUUUUUCCAACAUGAGGAAAGAUUUUUUGUAUCAUAUUGAAUAGAGUGUGAUAUGCAAAGUCUUAAGAAAAAUUAUUUGAUUUUAUUGGCCUAUUAUGCAAUAUGUUAUGAAUUUGCGAUAUUUCAUUAGCUUUUUAUAAGGUCAGUAAUGAUGUUCAUUGUUACAACAUACUUCUUGGACAUAGAGAUUUGUGAUUUCUCCAAUAAAAAACAAACCACUUGUAUGUUUACUAUGCAGAAACUCCUUUUGUUGAACUUUAUUCAAUUCUGAAGUGGACAUAAAUGUCUGAUGUUAAUGUUUGAUGUACAUAUGUUGUCUUUUAGGUGUAAAAUUGCAAUGUUUCACAGAAUUUCCUAUUUUCUUUUUCAAGAAACACCAAGAGUAAACAUGUUUAAAAAGCAAAGUCAUGCAUAAUUAGCAUCCUAAGAUAUAUUCUCACAUUUGUAUAAUAGUUUUUGAUCUGUUUCAUGAACAUUUUAUUAUUUAUUUUAUUAUAAACAUGUGAGGGAAAUAUUUUGAUGUGGUUUUUUUUUGGUUAAAAGUUUUGCAUAAUUUAUACAAAAUAUAUAUACUUACAAUCAUGCAUAGCAACUUUUUAGUCAUAUUUAUGUACCUGAAUUAAUAUUAUUACUUAUAAUUGCUGGUUUGGCUUCAGUAAAUUUAUUUUUU